GUUUGUUAACAGAGGAACUACGGUUUCUUGGUCACGUGAUGUGUCUAGGAUGCCAAGAGAUUAUCGGAACUCCUCGGCCUUUACCUCCUCCGGGAAUAUUAAGCAGAUAAUGGCGCAUCUCACAGAUUAAGUAUGACCUGACGUGAAUCUUUCGUACAAGAUGUCGGUCUACGAUGAAGAGGAGUCCCGCAUGGCACUUCGGUUGUACCAUGCUGUAGAGGAAAACAAUAUGAAGACAUUGAGACUGCUUCUCGUUAAAGGCGCAGACAUUCAUUACAAAUUUUUCGAUGAUAAAUCACUUCUUCACAUUUGUUGUGAAAAAGAUCGUCUGGAAUGCGCCAAACUUUUGAUGGAAUUCGGAGCAAAUAUUCGGUCGUCCGAUGAGUGGAAUAUGACGCCGCUAAUGUACUGUAUGGUGAGACAUUUUUGUGACAUCGCUAAAGAACUGUUGUCACGUGAUGCACACGCUGUCCACUCACAGGACAGGUUUGGGAAGUCUGUCAUUCACUGUGCCGUGGAAUCUGGGUCAGUUGAACUCUUGAAUCUUGUGUUGUCACAUGGUGCUGAUGUCAAUCAGACAGACUGGUACGGAAUCACGCCGCUUAUGACUCUUUGCGCAGGCACUGGAAUAAGACAUACCACUGAGCUUUGUCGCGUGCUUCUAGACGCAGGCGCAGACUUAGAGUUGAAGGAUGUCCGGAGCAAGCGCACUGCAUUACAGUUUGCAGCGGUGCAGAAAAACACUGACCUUGUCCAGUGUUUGGUAGCCGCUGGAGCUGACCCUAACACUACGGACAACGCUAGCCUUACUCCACUGACCAGUGUCAUAUUCCAGUUCUAUCGUCUAAAGAAUUCCAGCUGCGAUGUGAGUGAUGAUUUGAUGACUAUAGUGAUCAUCCUGACCCAGGCCGGAGCCAACCUUAACCUUAACACUCGGGAGAGCUCUAACCCUUUAUACAUGGCCGUGACGUUUAAAGUGGAGCCCCUUUUAAGGUUCUUCCUCGACUGUGGGGCCGAUCCAAAUGUCGUAUUUCCAAUGGGCGUGACGCCAUUACUAUCGGCUGUGAAGAAAAAAGACGCUGCAUGUGUUCGCGCUCUCCUUAACUGGAGAGCUCGCUCGAACAUCCGGGGACGUGUAUUUAAAACAGCUCAUGUGCACGACCAGUACUGGGUGGACGCCAUGGGACUUGCUGUGGAUCAAGGGUGCUGGGACAUUGUCCUCCUGUUGUACUCCGCCGGAUAUAACAUAAGCAGACUUCAAUACCUCCGGGAAGGGGUACCUGACUCGGAUAUUCCCGAGUCUCUAUCACGUGAUAAAGACAUGUUCACGUACCUGCAGUACUUAGCCCGAAACCCUAGGACUCUGUUUCAUUCGACAACUUUGUGUAUGUGGGACAGUUUGAAAAAUAACAUACAGGAAAACAUCUAUCAGCUUCCGCUUCCGACAAGGAUUAAACAGCUCACGUCUCCAGAGUUUGUCCUGGGUUGACCGUUUUGUUAUGUGUUUAUAAGGCCAUUUUAUCUGUAUGCUUGUCAUUACUAUAAUACAAAUAUAAAUAUCGUAUAGCAGGUCAUCGAUGUUAGCUUUUUAUACAUAUUGUAAGUAUCUAAACCACUGUUUAAUAAAUUGAAAAUGCAUCAAAUUGUC